UCCUUGGCUGUCUGCAUUCCAUGUUGAGUACUGUCACCUGAGGUUGUCAGCUGUUUCCCUGAGCCCUGGUAGUUUUGUUGAUUAGAGUUAGGGGCUUGGGCCAUAGAAGAACCAUUGUGUUUGGCCUCUUCCUGUUUCAACAUUGUCUAACCCCAACUAGCUACUCUGCAGGUUGUUAUUAGUCACAUGGGGGACCCAGCAAGAGAGAUUCCAGUCUGUCACCUGUGGGGCAACAGCCUCAAAGCACAUGUCCCAUUGGAAGUGAGAUGAAACAGUCAGUACAGUGGUUAAGAGAAAAGACUUCAGAGCAGACAGACCUGGUUUCAAUGAGCCAGGUUUCAAUGAACGUCUUAGCUUCAAUGAAACACUAUUUUACCCAAAGCAAGUACUUCUUUGAGGUUUUUUCCUUGGUUUAAAGUGGGCCCAGGGUUCUUAUGCCUAAAAUAAGACGAUCUGGCAUGUACUUAACAGUUUAUGUUCUCAAAAGAAAAGAGCACACUUAGGGCUCAACCUAGUGCUGGGGAAAGAAGUAAAGAAAUGCUUCAUAAAUUCUUCUUGGUGGUGAUGAAACUAAUGUUGGAAAGAGUUCCUCCUGAAGCUAUUGGCUUCUUAUCUGCAGCUGGUGUCUUUAUUGUUCUUCUGGUUGUCCUCUUCCUCUUCAUCAAUAAGAAGAUAUAUUUAGAAAAAAUAGGACUUCCGUGCCUGGAACAACGAGGGAAAAGGAAGCACUCUAAAGACAAGAUUGGGAUCCGUGAGGGACUGGCUGAGAAGUUUUGAGAGUGAACUAUUCACAGCCAUUAAGAGAUCUCCAAUUUAAUUUGCCAUCAUGCUUAUUCUGUAGUUCACAUUAAGUCCAGAGUACUGAAGGAACUGAACAAGUGGACUUGUAGACAUCAGAUAGCUGGCCAUGGUGUUGGCCAUGGCGUCCCAGGAUGGUCAGAACUUCUUCCAGCCUCUCUCUUCCUGGAUAUCCCGGGUUUAUGAAGCUCUCCAGCAAGCAGGAGAUAUGUUAUCUGCUUCGCUGGUUAACUUAAACAAGCAAGACUCUAAAUUAAGUGAAAAGCUAGACCAGGACUUAGAUGAUAUUCAGAUUCAGGAAGCUUACUUUGAAGAUGAAGAACAAGGCAAUGAUUGGCGUCAAGAGGAUGAAAAUCCCUUGUUUCUUGAAGUGGAUCAUUUCUCCUGUUGUAAUAGUGAUUUGCAGGACUCUGCUCAAAGUUCAAGCCCCAGACUUAGCCAACCUGAAAAGGACUCCUGUUCCAUAAUGUCCCAGUGGCCCAGUCAGACCCUUGAUGACCAAAAGCCACCACAUAUGCUCUCUUCUAUUGCUGAGGAACAACGUCACCUUGAAAAGCAAAGAAGUGGUCUUCAGCACAGCUUUGACAGCCAGCUCUCUGGUAUUUUAGAAAAUGUUAAUGGAAAAAUGCAAGUUAACAGCUUUGGAGAUGAUGAAGAGCCAUGUACAUCUUCUGACAGUGACGAGGAGGUGAUCAAACAAUUUGAGAUUUCCGUGUCCCGGUCCCAGAGUUUUCGUUCAGAAGCAUCUAAGAAAGGCACACAGGUGGGAUUGGAGCAGAAAUCAAAAUUCAGCCACCUGCUCUCUACCCAUGAAGAGGAUAACACAGAAGUGUCUGCCUGUGAAGGUUUGGAUGGAGCCAGCCAACCAAACUAUUCUGAGACUCUGUCUUAUGGUGAAGAUGAUCCCAUCUCUGCCCACUCACAGUCCCCAUGUGAGGUGGGAAACACCAGGCACCAGGGUGCAUCUCCCCAAGAGACCAGUGUGCCUCGCAACCUUAGUCGCCAGUCCACAGAAGGCAGCUUGGAAUUGGAGACAGCUUUUAAUAACCGGGGAUUUGAAGACUCCUAUGCUACUGACAGCAGCUCCAUGUGGAGUCCAGAGGAACAGGAUGGGGCCAAUUUUCAGGUGCCGACUGGGGCCCUGGAGCCCAUCUCAAAAUGUGGUGACUUGGAUGUCAUCUUUGAAUAUAAAGGUUCCAGCCAGAAGCUCACAGUGACCAUUGUGAGAGCACAGGGCCUCCCAGAUAAGGACCGAAGUGGUGUCAACUCCUGGCAAGUUCACGUAGUUCUGCUGCCCAGUAAGAAACAGAGGGGAAGGACAAGCAUACAGAGAGGCCCCAACCCUGUUUUUAAGGAGAAGGUCACCUUCACCAAGCUGGAGCCCAGAGAUGUGGCUGCCUGUGCUAUCCGCUUCCGCCUGUAUGCUGCCCGCAAGAUGACCCGUGAGAGAAUGAUGGGAGAGAAGCUGUUCCAUCUCAGCCACCUGAACCCAGAAGGGGAAAUGAAAGUGACUCUGGUUCUGGAGCCAAGAAGCAAUAUCAGUAGUGGAGAGUCUCCGCUCAGCCCAUCUGCAGUUUCUCACAGUGAUAGUGCUUCAUCCACGCAGUCGCUGUCUCAUGGAGGGGCGCCAGAGCUGUUGGUGGGGCUGUCCUACAAUGCCACAACGGGGCGAUUAUCUGUGCAAAUGAUCAAAGGCAGCCAUUUCCGAAACCUCGCUGUUAAUAGAGCGCCUGUUACCUGCAGAAGAAUGGCAGUAAGACUGAGGAAAGACUUCUCAACAGCAAUGACAGAAGCCAGAGGACAAGGGGACAUUAUUACCAAAGUCUCAAGAGAAAAACAUUCUCAACUUAGUGUUCUGUUUGAGGGAGAACAGAAGGGCACCUGGGAAGACAGUCUUUUUAAAGUUCCUCCUAAUUGUAAUAUUUUGUGUAUAACCUCCAAACAGAAUCAACAAAAACAACACUCUAGGCCUCUCCUCUCCCCCUUUGGACAUUGUUUCCAUAUUGAUUUUUCUGUGCAUAAGAGGAGAUUUUCUGUGGGAAGUUCCUGUUUGGGCCUUGUUUAGGUGACUCUGGGGAUGCCUGUAGGCUCUGGGUGAGUUUCCUCUCCUACGGUGUUUUUGUUUCCCUUGGGUCACAAAGCAGUAUCCUGAGCUGUAUUUAUAGCCACUGUGGAACCUGUAAAACAGCUUGCGGCUUUACAAAAUGAACUCAGAGACAGUCAUUGAGGCCCGUGGACAUUCUUAGAAUAAACCCCUCCGGAUGUUGCUACCUGCUCACCCUUGCUCACUAAUGCUGCCUCAAACUAUCUUCAUAGGAGUUUUUUACUUCAUGCCUUUGAGUAACAAUGCUACCUACCAACUCUACUUUGAGGACUGUGAGAAGGCUGCCUUCCCAUUGAGACCGCCAUAUUUGUACAUUCUUUUUGUCUACUUCAUUUUCCCCUUAAAGUAUCUACUUACUGUUUUUUUUUUUAAUUUUUAUACAAAAUGUAUUCAUUCAAAAGAUAGUUAUCCCAGACUCUUGACUAGGGGCUGCAGAGUAGUAGAUGAGUGAAAUACUUUGAGUUCAACAAUUACUUUUGUUUCUAAAUAUCCCAUUUUUUUAAAUUGGGUAAACAAUAAGAUCUUUUAUUACUCUUUAAUUUUUGUCUAAUGUAUUUCUGUAACGAUUUCUUUCCUCCCUGUGGAAAGGGAGAAGAUUUACGGAAAGUGGGAGUUAUUACCCUGCCUCUAGUUGAGAAAUAAACGUACUGUUUGUCGGUCUAUACUUCCCUUCAAAAUAAACAGAUGCAUUUUACAACUGAGGGAAGAAAUGCACCAUUCCAUUCGAGUAAUGAAAUAAGUUCUAGCUUGAAGUAGAAGUUGGAUAUUUCCUAUUUUUCACUUUUAUAAUUGAAUAUUGAAUACCUUUUGUAAAGCAGUAAGCGGGUCAGAGCCUGGAAUGCUAGGUCUGUACAAACAAAUGUGACACAGUUCUUAUAAGCUCCAUGUUUUAAUAGCUGAAAGGCAUUGCUACCUUUUACUUUUUUGAAAGAGUGAACUGGAAACAGUAGCUGCCAGAAAAAGGGAGGAUAAAGGCAUGAAACAGAGAUCCCUGCUUACCUCUCUGUUUCUUUGGAUUAAAACUUGUCUUAGAUAUCACACACUAAACACAUUUGGGACAUCCCUGUCAGAUGGGUAGAGGUCAACAUUGGGAGUGUCCCUUCCUUGGCAGACGAACCAAUAAUUGUUUUCUAGUCUUAAAUAAGUUUAAAUUGGUCUGAAUGUAACUCUUAAUUUCAAUUUUAUAAUAGGAGACAAACGUGGUUUAUCCAAUGGAUUUUUUGCUUAGUUACAAGAUCAUAGAAACUGAUCUCACAUAUCUACUAAAUAUGUCUCAAUCCAUGAUUCCAGGUCAGAAUCUUUGAUGGCCUAAAAGUUCUUACUGAAGACGUCUUUUAGUGUUGCCCAGUUGAUGGUCCAUUAUAAAAAAAAAAAGUUUAUAUCUCUUAUUUGAUGAAGACCUUGAUUUGGGGGGAAAGAUAUUAAAAGGUUGCCAUGAAGAACUCUGAUUGGUGAGAUUGGUACACUAACAGAAGGAUAUUUCCAUGUAAGCUAUUCUGUGUACUGUGUUCACAUUCUAGGGCCACACGUCUCUCUUAAGAGUUUGUCAAGUUCCUUAUAGGUGGCACUUGAGCAGUUUACUAAUGUUGCCAUUUUCCUGUGGGCCAUGCUAAUAUUUAUUAAUUCACAACUACACCAAGUUAUAUUACAGUCUUUUAUUAUGCCACCAUACUAAUGCAGCUAUGAAUUUUGUUAUUGUGAAAUAUAAAAUGUUUCCCAGAAUUUAAAAUUUUAAUUUUAUUGCAGUCUUUAUUAUUUUAAGUUUGUAAAUAAGAAGUUAGUAUUUGCAUACUUUAGUGUGACCGAGACAUUUCUGUAAUAAUGUCUUGAAUUAAGGUUUGACCUCUAUUUUCAGAAAAAGGCAUAAUGGCUUUUGUGAUCUAAUUGCUUUUUAAAAAAUUAAUAAACUUUUUUUGAGAAAAUUUUAGGUUCAUAGCAAGUUUGAGUGGACUGUAGGGUUCCUAUCUGCUCCCUGCCCCCAUGCUUGCACAACCUCACCCACACUAUCAACAUAGCCCACCAGGGUGGCUCUGUUUGUUACUCUGAUGAGCUUACACUGGCGCAUCAUUACCACCAAAAUUCCAUAUUUUACAUUAGAGUUCAGUCUUGGUGUUUCACUACCCUAAGAAUUUUCUGUGCCCUGCCUAUUUAUCCCUCCUCCCUAACCCUUGGCAACCAGUGAUCUUUUUAUUCUCUCCAUAGCUUUGCCUUUUCCAGAAUGUCAUAUGGUUGGAAUCAGACAGUAUGUAGUCUUUUCAGAUUGGCUGCUUUCACUUAGUAAUAUGCAUUUACGUUUCCUCCCUGUGUUUUCAUGGCUUCGUAGUUCAUUUCUUUUUAGUGCCGCAUAAUAAUAUCCCAUUGUCUGGAUGUACUGGUCUGUUAAUUAUCUGUUUAUUUUUAUUUUUAGUUCUAAUUGCUAUUGUACAUUUUGUUGAUGUGCAUAUUCUCCAGAAAAAUAGGUGGAUCGAUCCAUGUGAUGCAAUAACUAAAAUGUAGCAACUUCCAACCUAGCAUGAAUUUCACCUAUGUGAUAUUGGGCUUGUUUCGCCUUUGAGGAGAAGAUUCCUGGAAAAUAUUACGUGAUUUCACAAUUGGAAUCUAAGCACAGAAAGUUCUGAAGGCAGAGAGGAUAUGAUCCCCAAAUUUAGUGAUUCUGUAGUAUUUUUUCUUGCUGAGCACUGAUUUAAAUACACAUUGAUAAAAAGUGCUAAUUACAUUAUUACUGAUUCAGGAUAGAAAACCACCUUCUGUUACUGGUUUAUAUGACUUUACAUUUACCACUGCUGCCAAGAGAAAGGAAGUUUCGGGGUUGCACCCUGUCAUAGUCAAUGGUGCAAAUGAGCUAAAAGUGAAUAUAAUAUCUGGAUCAUACAGGAACUCUGAAUUUUGAAUAGAAGGAUGACCCAUGGUAAUGCAUAGGCUGAAUGAGCACGCAGUACAUAUUGGAGUAGUAACACUGAUAAUCACGCUGGGUGAAUGGGGAGAUCUGACUGAUGAUCAAUAUCUGGGAAACAUUUUGACAUUUUCACGUGCACUGACUGCCCUUUGCUUUGUAGCUGCAGCAACCUGCGGAACCGGGGCAUUGUUGCAGAGCUGAAGGUGUGGUUGCGGAAAGAAUAUUGGGUUAGAUUAAAAUUAAUGAGGACUGUGUUCUAUACCAAAUCUUCCCCUAAUGAGCUCUCAGAUCAAUGUCAAGUCACAAGUUCUCUCAGCCUUCGAUGUUGCGUCUGGCGGAUGGUAAUAGUAAUACUCAUUUUACUUAAUUUCACCAGGUUAUUAUAAGAUUCAUUCAUUCCUUCAUUAAAACCACAAACACUAUGUACCAGGGCCAUAGGCAUGACAAGGUAAUAGGUGGAAAUCCACUCUGCAGAACUGAAGAGUUUUUGAAGGCUGUGAGAUAUUUUAUUAAGGCCAAAUCAGUUCUUUGUGUCAGUAUAUCAAAGUAAUUGACACUUCUAGAUCUCUGCCAAUCAUUGAACUAUAUUCAUAGACAGUUAUUUGACUAAAACUUACAGUUGGGAUGGUCUUUGGCCCUUCUGCCUCUGAGAAGAUAGAAAUGAAGUAUUAGGCUCUAAUUCUUUUGUUUAGACACCCUGACCACAGAACAAAUUGCAAAUCCAUCUUUUCAGCAGGCUUGCCAAUCUGAGUUGAACGCAGACCAUUCUCCUUCAGAACAAUUUAACUUUGAGUACCGAGAAAGUAUUAAGUUAUGCAUUUUUUUUCACAAAAAUGGAAUUUGAAUAUAGCAUUUGGAAAGAUGUUUCCCCCAGCAGAAAAGGUCCUGCCAUCUACAUUAUUAUAUUUCUCUUGGAGAAUCACACUUCUCCAGCUUUCCCCUCCCAAGUGACUUUCCUCACCCACAUAACCAUUCUUUUCCUAAAUACCACUUAUCAUCUCCCAGAAAAAAGUAAAGAUUAAAAAAAAAACAUGUUCAAGGUACAUCCAAGAUUUCAUAGCAAUAUUUGGUGUUCACAGUGCAAGAUAAAUCUGACUCUCAAGUUUUUUGGUCUUCAUAUGGCAUCCGAAACAGUUGUUCAUAUUCACACAUUUAUGUUUUACCAUAUGCAUACUGUGUGCAACUCUGUUGUUUUAAAAUAUUUUAUUGGUUUUCCUUUAUAUCUUAAGUUUUGAUGGGUGUCCUUGAAGAACUUGCAUGCCAAAAAAAGUAAAUGUGAAUGAUUCAUUCAUUUUGAAUAUAUGAAACUAUUUUGGGGAGUUUUUACCCUUACAUGGAGCACACUGUUCUCAGCAGAGAAUGUACUUUGUAUUUCUGUUCAGUUCACAGCUGGAUGCUAGAGUUGUAUUAAUAUUGUUAGCCUGUACCUUCUACAUCCCAUGUUUACUUUCGUGAGUUAUUUAUAUGUACUAGACUGUCCUGAGUUUUUGGUGCUUGUGAAUGGUGGUCAAUAGUUUUACGGAUUUCACUUAUGGGGACAAUUUAAUGUAACAUGGCUUACAAUCUGGUCUUCCUUUAGAAGACCUUUAGUCACAAGAAGGCUUUCAUGGGCAAAUUCAUUGUUUCAGGCCAGACUUGUUAGUUGUAAGGUAGGAGCUGCCCCAAACCUGUCCCAUCACUUCAUGGGCAUUUCUAGAUCUGGCUGCUAUUAUAUUUCUUCCUCCAAAGUUUUCCAGCAGACAAUCAAUCCCUGGGUGGUCCAGAAUUUCAAGAAAGAAGAAACAAAAAGUAUUUUCUCCUACAAAAGGUUGAACUCUCAUUUUAGAAACUUUGGAAAUCUUCAGAACAUUCCAUGUAGGUGUCCCUGUGUUCCUCACAGUAUGACUUAUUGACUUAUGGUGUCUUCUAUUUAAGAAGCAUGAAUGUAUCGCCAGCUGUUACCAAAACAAACAGCUAUAGAAUGUAAUGACCCACCCCAUUUCUAAAAUUACUUCUGUUGAUGGAUAGUGUAUAGGAAGAUGUUUAGAAAUUUUUUUAAUUGUUAAACUUAAAAACUAGAAUACCUUUCUACUUUUUGUAAUGUCCCAGAUUUCAUAACACUGGUUUUAAUGUAUUAUUGCUGCACUGUUAUGUCUGUGUUUUACCUGGGCAAACUAGUGAAAUAUUUAAUGUCUAUACUCUUGUGAUACAAACACCCUUGAAAAUACAUUAGAAAAUAUGAAAUUGUUUACCUGUGAUAGAGAAUAGGUUUGUGAUUAGAAGAAUUAUACUGUUUUUCUUGUACAAAGAAUGCUUAAAGUGGAAUUUCUGUCUCACAGUGAUGUUGGAAGCAUAUUUUAUGCAGCCUAAAAACUCUUUCUGUAUUAAAUAUUUAAAUGCAUGAGGAUAAAUUCGAAUUGCUUUUUGUUUAAACCAGAAACAUAGAAGAAGUAUUAGCCCCAGUUUGUACAAAAUGUCUGCUGCAACUGAACUCAUGAUAGUUCAAAACUGAAAAUCAUUCUAAUUUUGUAAAACUGGUUUUAUCAAUAAAGUUUAAGCAGAUGGCU